AAUUGAAAUGCAGAUGUGACGUGACGCUGUGUUGGACGACUUCGCUGGACGCAAGCAAAUCCCUUUGAGAAAUUAUACAGCAGAUCUCUGCCCUGAUCCACAAAGAUGUCUGACGAACGGAGAGACAGCUCGAGCAGCCUGCAGAGGAAGAAACCGCCUUGGCUCAAGCUAGAUAUUCCCGCCAACCAGCCACCGUUGGAUGAGCCGCCCUCUUUGCCGCCUUUAAGGCACCAACUCUAUGUGCGAAGUGUCAGUAUGCCGCCGGAGAUCACAUGGGUACCAUCCCCGCCAAACGAACAGAGGCGACCCACUUUCCAGAGGCAGACCUCAAUAACCCAGACCAUCAAAAGGGUGCGGUUUGAAAGAAUUAACACAAUGCCUAUAAAAGGUCACAGAGCUGGUAGGAGGCCACCGAAAAGACACCAGUCUUUCUCUGCCAGAUCUUUGCUGAGAGGUACAGCUGACUGGUUUGGGGUUAGCAAGGAUAGCGAUACCACCCAAAAAUGGCAGAGGAAGAGCCUGCGACACUGCAGCCAGAGGUACGGCAAGCUUAAAUCACAUGUCAUCCGUGAGAUGGAGCUACCAAGCCAAGACAACAUCUCACUCACCAGCACUGAAACCCCCCCACCUCUCUAUGUGGGGCAGCAGUUUGGCAUGCAGAAGAUCGUGGACCCGCUGGCCAGGGGACGAGCAUUCCGGAUGGCAGACGAGAAUGAUGGCUACAGCGUUCCCCACACUCCCAUCACGCCUGGCGCCGCUUCCCUCUGCUCCUUCACCAGCUCCCGCUCAGGACACAACCGUGUUCCCAAACGCAGGAAGAGGGAAUCCGUGGCCAAAAUGAGUUUCAGGGCAGCAGCGGCCCUGGUAAAGGGGCGCUCUCUCAGGGAAGGUACGACGCGGCGGGCUCAGAGGCGCAGCUUCACCCCCGCCAGUUUUGCGGAAGAAGAAACAGUGGAUUUUCCAGAUGAGUUGGACACCUCGUUCUUUGCAAGGGAAGGAGUUCUACACGAAGAGCUCUCCACGUAUCCCGAUGAGGUGUUUGAGCCCGCGGAAACUGUUACCGCCAAGGAGAUGGAGAGCAACUCUCUGGAUCAGACCGAUCUAACCGGCAGCGCCUUGGACAAAAGCGAACUCGAGAAAAGUCACCUCAUGCUCCCAUUGGGACGAGGGUGGCGGAAGCAGAAAGAAGGAGCCCCUCCUCUGCCCAAGGUACGUUUAAGGCAGGAGGUGGUCAGUGUGAAUGGCCAGAGAAGAGGGCAGCGCAUCGCAAUACCCGUCAAGAAGCUGCUCGCGAAGGAAAAGAGACCCUACGGGCUGGGGAUGGUGGGCAAGCUAACGAACCGGACGUACCGCAAGCGAAUAGACAGUUACGUGAAGAAACAAAUAGACAACAUGGACGACCAUCGGCCUUUUUUCACGUACUGGGUUACAUUUGUGCAUAUUCUCAUCACUAUCCUAGCAGUGUGUAUCUAUGGAAUUGCUCCAAUAGGAUUUUCUCAGCAUGAAACAGUAGAUUCAAUUUUACGAAAUAAAGGUGUCUAUGAAAAUGUUAAAUUUGUGCAGCAAGAAAACUUCUGGAUUGGACCAAACUCUGAGUCUUUAAUCCACCUUGGAGCAAAGUUCUCUCCGUGCAUGAGGCAGGACUCGCAAGUGCACAGUUUAAUUACGCAGAAGAGGCAAGAGGAGAAUAAAUCGGCGUGCUGCGUGAGAAACGACAAGUCAGGGUGCGUUCAAACCUCAGAGAAAGAUUGCUCGUCAAGGCUCGCUGUCUGGGUAAAGUGGCCGCAUCACACUAGUGCUCCAUUACUGGGCGACGGGACUCCCCGCAGUCACGGCUCGGUGUGCCAUCAGGAUCCCAGGGUUUGUGUUGAACCUGCCUCUGUUGCCCCUCAUGUGUGGCCUGAUGACAUCACCAAAUGGCAGAUUUGCACUAAAAGUACUGCUGGAAACCACACUAACCUUCCACACUUGGAUUGUGUCAUGACUGGCCGGCCCUGCUGUAUCGGCACAAAGGGGAGAUGUGAGAUUACAUCAAGAGAAUAUUGCGAGUUCAUGCAAGGUUAUUUCCAUGAAGAAGCCACUCUCUGCUCUCAGGUGCCCUGUAUGGAUGAUGUAUGUGGACUUCUACCAUUCCUUAACCCUGAAGUGCCUGAUCAGUUUUACAGACUCUGGCUUUCACUCUUUCUACACGCAGGGAUUCUGCACUGCCUUGUGUCCAUCUGCUUCCAAAUGACCAUCCUUAGGGACCUGGAGAAAUUGGCAGGGUGGCUUCGGAUUUCCAUCAUUUACAUCCUGAGUGGGAUCACGGGGAACCUGGCCAGUGCCAUAUUCUUGCCUUAUCGAGCGGAGGUUGGACCAGCGGGAUCACAGUUUGGCAUCCUCGCCUGCCUUUUUGUCGAGCUCUUCCAGAGUUGGCAGAUCCUCGCACGGCCUUGGAAGGCCUUCGUCAAGCUGGUGGGCCUCGUCCUCUUCCUCUUUGCCUUCGGCCUCCUCCCGUGGAUCGACAACUUUGCCCACAUCUCCGGCUUCAUCAGCGGGUUCUUCCUGUCGUUUGCAUUCCUCCCCUACAUCAGCUUUGGGAGAUUUGACUUGUACCGCAAGCGAUGUCAGAUCAUGAUCUUCCUCGUCACCUUCGUGGGGCUGUUUGCAGGGCUGGUGGUCUUGUUCUACGUCUACCCAAUAACCUGCGAGUGGUGCGAGUACCUGACUUGUAUUCCCUUCACGGAUAAAUUCUGUGAAAAAUAUGACCUCAACGCACAUCUACACUAGUCGGUCCGCAAGGCGCUUCAAUCAAUGUUACAGAUUUGGUUGUCAGCAGUAUUUACAUCACGGGGUGUCUACGGAGAAUAUACUCCACCAACACAUUGGCGGUGAUGUUCAAGUCGUCCUUCAGAUCCUCGCCUGAUGUUGCCUUUUCUAAAAUCAAAAAUUGAAUUUAGCACUUGAUGUUCAAUUUACAUCUCGGGACUGUGGACACCAUCUCCAACUAUGAUCUAUGUGCCUUUCCCAUUAUUUUUCAACCAACGUUUUGUGCUGCCAAUUUUGUAUUACACUAGUUUUAGCACUAAAUCAAAUCUUGUAUUGUCUACUACUGCUAAAGUGGUGAUGGAUUGCCGGUAGUGUUUUAGCUACCGUUAGACUGGACUGCAGGUUUGCAGGAUACAUUAUGGAAGCCUUACUGAAUCUUCAGUUUUAAAUUUGAACAUUGUCAUUAUCUUUCUCUUGUCUUGCUCUUGAAAUGGUAUGAUGACAUUACAAGACGCACCCACCCCCCCAUCCACCCAGGAUAGAUUGCUGUAAAGCACAUGAAAGUUGACAUAUAUCAUUCUUAUUUCAAAAUAAUCUAAUCCUUGUCACGCCCUCCCCAACUAUUGUGAAAUCUGCCGUUUUCCUGACUUUGGAAUGUCCGACAAUUAUUGUACUGCUGGUUUCAGGUAGAGAUGUCAAAAGACAUGGAAUUUCAAACCGUAAUGGAUCAGGAUUAAAUUUACCUUCGCACCCAAUAUCAGAAUAAUGGAACUAAAAAAAAUAUCCUAGCUAUGUAUUGUUUCUUGUUUACCACUCCAAUCAUGAUGUAUUCUGAGGGACUCAAUCUGUUGCAAGCAGCAGAAAUUGGAUCUGUGAUUAAAAUUGAUGAUUUAUAAACACUAACCAUGUCUCUGACAACAAUAAAGGUUCAUUGGCUAUUA